AUGGAAAAAUGUAUGAAUGUUGUCAUUAGUCAACUUCCCAAACUGUUAUUAAAUUGUUUGCGUAUUUCGAACAUAUACGUGCCUAAAUUAUAAUGGACGUAGAUGACUCUGCGGUUGACCUCAGUGUAAGAUCAUUACCACCUGAGCUAAGUGAACUAAGAGCUCUUACUGCAAGCGGUUUGACUAUAACACCAGCUCAACCACCACCUCAUGGUGCAAGUGGUAGGAGGGUUCUGAGACCUCGAUCGGAGCAGCGGAGUUAUGCCGAGAGCCCUGAUAUUGUUCUGUUGCCAGCUGCACCUCCUCUGAGAAAACCGUCAGUGCCCUCUCCUGCUAUUUUCACAGAGGCAAGCAACAGAUUGAAUACUGGUGCGGUGAACGUGUCUAUAACGCCUAGCUCUUUGGCUACGCCGGAGUCUCCACGAGAUCCUCGAGAUGAAGAAGACUCUGAAGACGAUGAGAAUGAACCUCCGCUGCCUAUUAUCGGGCACAGGGAAUUGUCAAGUGCCGAGAUUUGGGAGCGCGAACGACGUAUGCGUGCGCUGCGAGAGAAAUUGCGCGCUGAAGAGACGCGGUUGGUUUUGCUUAGAAAGAUAAGACAAUCGCAGCAGUCCACUGGUUUGCCGCCAGCUAAGGAUACAAGUACUGGUACCGCGUUAGCAGGCAGUGGCUGCGUGGUACCUCCUGGUGUAACUGUCACUCCUGCCCCACCACCAGCACAUCAACAGGCUAAGCGGUCUAGUUCGGGUGCGUCUAGCACUGGUAGUGUAGGUGGAGGAUCCGCGAGUAUAGUGCCGGGCGGGUACGUGUCACGACGUGCAUCCGCGCUACCCGGCGGCGCUACACUCACUCCCGGACCGUACCGGUCACAGUCGUCGACGAGUGGCGGCGCUAGUAUCACUCCAUCUGUCACUAUUACGCCAGCGCCACCGCCUACUUCACAACACGCCUCUUCUAAGGCUAGUUCUCGCAGCUCUGAAGACACACAGACCCCGGCACAGCGUCAGGCCGCCGCCAAACUAGCACUGCGUAAACAAUUAGAGAAGACGUUACUUCAGAUUCCUCCCCCCAAGCCCCCGCCGCCUGAGAUGAACUUUAUUCCUUCACCAAGCAACACUGAUUUUGUGUAUUUAGUAGGUUUGGAACAUGUGGUGGAUUACAUCACUAGUGAAGACCGCAUGCCCCGGUCGUCGGUGCCGGCGGUGUGCGCGCAGUGCGGGUGCGACUUCACGCCGGUGUGGCGGUGGGAGCGGCCGCCGCCGCGCAGGCAGGACCCCACCUUCACCGCCUCGCCCUCCGCGCGCCGCCUGUGCGAGCUGUGCGUCUCCGGGAACGUCAAGCGCGCCCUCAAGGCGGAACAUACUGCUCGUUUGAAAACAGCGUUUGUACGCGCCCUACAACAGGAACAAGAGAUCGAGCGACGCUUGUGUGCGCCUAGUGCUUCGCCCCCGCCCGCUCCACCACCCGCUCACAGACCGUUACAGAUGUCAGUAUCACGAGCGAGCCCUCGCGCCACGCCCAGUUCUACGCCUGCUCCGCCGCCCGCUGCUAAACCCGCCCCACCGCCUGCUAGGUCUAUGUCAUCGCAGCCGGAAUCAUUACGCAGCCAUCAUUCAGAGCGACGCGACACCAGCGAGGUGCCCGCCAAGAAAGGUAAAGGUUCAUCUUCAAGUAGCACCAGUCAAAGCAGUAGUAGCAAACAACAUCAGCAACUGGCGGCGGCGGCGGCCGCGCAAAUGGCAUUUGAACAGCAUAGCGCAGCCGCUAUGCAAGCUCUACAACAUCAACUACUAAGAGGUCUGAGCGGUGCCGGCGGAAGCGGAGGGAUGUCACCAGCGGCUGCGGCGGCGGCAAUGAUGCAGUUCUCGCCGCUCCUGUACACAUACCAACUAGCCAUGGCGCAAGCGUCCGCCAUAGGUAAGCGCUCUGGCAAGGGUUCGAGUGGGGGCGGGGGCGCAGGGGGGGCGGCGAUGGCGGCCGAAAUGCAGCGCGUGGCUGAAGCUCAGCGGCAAUACUUGCUUGAUAUGAUACCAGGACAACACGCCCGCAACCCUUGGCCGAAAAACUAGACGAAACUUGCACAGUAGGUUCUGUGACUUGCGGUGUGAACGCAGAUGUCUAUUGUCAAGUGUAUUAUAAAAUAGCUGGUAGAUAGUAAGAACUUUUCGAACGUUUUUAAUCAUAGAUCAAGUAAUGCACAAUAUAAUGAAAGAAAUACGUAAAUCGUAUGUAAUAAAUAAGUUAAUGAGAAGUUAAGUUAAGAGGAAAGCGUGAGUGAUUAGAUUUUAAGAAUAAAUAGUUUGAUCGUUUUGUAUGAGGAUUUUAAAGAUUUAAAUAAAUGAUACAAUGGU